GCGGGCUAGGCUAGGCUAGUUGUUAGCUUGCGACAGUUUGUUGGAAUAAUACACGGGUAGCGGGCGAGCUAGCUUAGCGUCUGAAAAGAAAAACGGGGAGUUUAAACUGGUUAUUUAACCUACAGAUCGUGACUCACAGUGGAGCGUUUAUCCUGCCGUUAAAUCACAGAACAACCUGCUGAGCUAGGUGGGUUGUCUACCCAAGAUGUCCUUCCCUCCUCAUCUCAACCGCCCUCAGAUUGGCAUUCCUGCCAUGCCCCCAGGGAUCCCACCACCACAGUUUGCAGGAUUUCCUCCAUCAAUGCCCCCAGGCACCCCGAUGAUUCCAGUUCACAUGGGUAUUAUGACUCCAACCCCCACGGUACUUGUGCCCACCUCAGUGCCAGUGGUUAGUAAGGUAGCUGCCCCGAGGAAGGAAGCUCCAGCUUCUCGUGCCAAGGAAAAUGAUGAAAACAGUGGGCCUACGACCACAGUGUUUGUUGGAAACAUUUCAGAGAAAGCUUCAGACAUGUUGAUCAGACAGCUGCUCUCAAAAUGUGGUUUAGUCUUAAGUUGGAAACGAGUUCAAGGAGCUUCAGGAAAACUACAAGCAUUUGGUUUUUGUGAGUAUAAGGAGCCAGAAUCGACUCUGAGGGCCCUAAGGCUGCUCCAUGAACUGCAGGUGGGAGAGAAGAAAUUGCUGGUGAAAGUGGAUGCCAAAACCAAAGCCCAGCUGGAUGAGUGGAAGGCCAAAAAAAGGAGCUCCAAUGGGAAUAACAAAGCUGGGGAGGGAGGUGAGGAUGAAGAGGAAGUUUUGGAUGAAGAAACUCAGAAACGGGACCAAAUAGUGAAGGGAGCAAUAGAUGGCCUUAUCCGCGAAUAUUCCAACGAACUCAAUGCACCCUCUCAGGAUGAUGAAUCUAGCCGUCGCAAGAAGAAAAAGGAAAAAAAAGAAGAGGAGGACAUCAAUGCCAUAGAAAUGGAAGAGGACAAAAGAGAUUUGAUCUCCAGGGAGAUCAACAAAUUUCGAGACACUCACAAGAAACUGGAGGAGGAGAAAGGCAAGCGGGAGAAGGAGCGACAGGAGCUUGAGCGGGAGCGGAGAGAGCGGGACAAAGAGCGUGAAAGGGAACGAGAGAGAAGAGACCGAGAGAGGGAGAAGGACCGAGAGAGGGAGAGGGAGCGGGAGCGUGAGAGAGAAAGGGAGAGGGAUAGAGACAGGGAGCGUGACCGGGAGCGAGAACGAACAAAGGAGCGCGAGAGAGAAAGAGACUGGGACAGAAGCAGAGACCACAGUGAGGAUCGCAGCAGGUCCAGAGAACAAAGCCGAGAUCGAGACAGAGACAAGGAUAAGAAGCGGGACCGUGAGGAAGAUGAGGAGGAAGCAUAUGAGCGUCGCAAGCUGGAGAGGAAACUCAGGGAGAAGGAGGCUGCCUAUCAGGAGCGUCUGAAGAACUGGGAGCUGAGAGAGAGGAAGAAAGCAAGAGACUACGCCAAGGAAGCAGAGCGAGAAGAUGAACGCCGACGAGAGACAGCUAAAGAAGGCAAACGACUGAAAGAAUUCCUGGAGGACUAUGAUGAUGACAGAGAUGACCCAAAAUAUUACAAGGGCAGCGCACUGCAGAAGCGUCUGCGGGACCGAGAGAAGGAGAUUGAGCUUGAUGAGAGAGACAGGAAGCGAGAGAAAGAAGAACUGGAGGAGAUCAGGCAGAGGCUGCUGGCUGAGGGACAUCCUGAUCCAGAUGCAGAGCUGCGAAGGAUGGAAGAGGAGGCUGAGCGUCUGAGACAGCCGCCUGUGAAGCCAGAGCCCGAAGAGGAACGUGAGCACAAGCCGUCUCGAGAAGAGCGAGAACGUGGCCGAGAACGCGAACGACGCAGACCUGUCGAAACACACGUUCACACGUCCCGGUCAGACGAUGACGUGGAGGAUGGAGAGGAAAUUGAGGAUGAAGAAGACUCUAAACCAUGCCUCAAGCCCACUAUGAGGCCCAUUAUGGCUGCCCCUUCUGUGUCCUCUGCCAGUGGUAAUGCCACACCCAACACACCCAGGGAAGAGUCGCCAUGCGGAAUCAUCAUUCCUCACGAAAACUCGCCUCCAGAGAUACAGCCACAAGAGGAGCACCGGCCCAAGAUCGGUCUGAGUCUUAAAUUAGGUGCCACAGGCAGUCCUAGCCAGCCAAAUGUGGGCAAACGAAAGAAACUAGCAGUGGAAAGCGUCUUCAACCGCUUUGAUGACGACGAAGUAGACGAGGUGCCUCGAAAGAGGAAGCUAGUGCCUUUGGACUAUGAAGAUGAAGAGAAGGCCAGUCUGGGAGCAGACGUGGCCGGAUCAGGAGGGGGCAAAGGGGCCAACACAGAGGAGAAACGCAAGCACAUAAAGAGUCUAAUUGAGAAAAUCCCCACUGCCAAACCUGAGCUCUUCAACUACCCAUUAGACUGGUCUGUUGUAGACACGACUCUUAUGGAGAAGCGAAUCCGGCCUUGGAUAAAUAAGAAGAUUGUGGAGUAUAUUGGCGAGGAGGAAGCCACAUUAGUUGACUUUGUUUGCUCAAAGGUAAUGGCUCACAGUACGCCACAAGGCAUUUUAGAUGAUGUUGCAAUGGUGUUGGAUGAAGAAGCUGAAGUUUUCAUUGUGAAGAUGUGGAGGUUAUUGAUUUACGAAACUGAGGCCAAGAAGAUCGGACUUGGCAAAUGAACAAGCACUGUAUUAGGAUCAAAUCUGCUCUGGACUUCCCUGAUUCAACAGUUCAGUUCCUGCAGAGAGACAUGAGCAUCUUGGGGAAACUCCACAGUUAAAAUUUUAACCCAGCAUCUACUCAGCAGUCCCAUGUCUGUUUUUGUGUUUAAGUUAGUGAGCACUGGAUCUAAAAACUUUGUCCUUGCUAUUUUUUCUGUUUACCAAUGAAAAAGUUGGUGAGGUCCUUUUUCCUCAGGGCUCAUCUGCUAUGUGGAUUUUUUUUUUUAGCCUCAUCAUCCCUGCUUUAUAGUAGAAAGGAUGUCUCAAAGAAAAGUGUCUUGUAGACUCUCAUACUGUAAUCUGCCAAUCAAGUCUGGGUUACACAUUUUAUUUGAUCCUUUUUGGUAGCUGCGUUGAGUUGUACCAAAGAGUUUAUCCCCUCCUGGAGUCUCCCAUACUGACAACGUUCCACUUAAAUUGGAAGAAUGCAGAACGGAUUUGACCCUACACUGUUCCGGAAGUCUCUGGCUAAAUUGACCUUGGUUGUGCAAACAUGAACAGUGGUCUCUGUUUUUGUAUUUACUAGUGGAUGUGUUUUCAAUAAAGGUGAUCUUUUUUAAAUAAAA